GUCAUACGACAUAUUAAACGUCUUUUUAUAUACUUUACUAAGUACUUUCUGCUAAAUUACUGUAAAAUUAAUUGAUAAAACAGUUAAUUAGUUACUAGAGAGUUGUGGUAAGAAUUUGAGCGAAAAAUGGGUGAAAAUGAAGAAAUGCCUGAAGUACACCCUGCAUUUGCCAACUCGGGAAAGAAGGAAGGAAUUGAAAUAUGGCGAGUUGAGGACUUUGAGCCGGUUGCAGUUCCUCGCAACCAGUAUGGAAAUUUUUACAGUGGCGACUCCUACAUUGUCUUAAAGACAACGGGCACCAAGACCCUGACAUGGGACAUCCACUUCUGGCUCGGCACCAAGACGAGUCAGGAUGAGUCCGGCGCAGCCGCUAUCUUGUCCGUCAACCUAGAUGACGAGCAGUUCCAUGGCACUGCAGUCCAGCAUCGCGAGACCCAGGGAUACGAGUCUAAACAGUUCCUGAGUUACUUCGAGCCAGGUGACAAGUCCAAACAGGUCGUCAGCAGCGACAAACCAGCUAUUCGUUAUAUGGACGGCGGCCAUGCUUCUGGGUUCAACCACGUGACAGUGAACGCUGGAGCUGAGAAGAGGCUGUUCCAGAUCAAGGGCAAACGGAACGUAAGAGUUCGACAGGUGGAAGUGUCAGUGUCGUCAAUGAACAAGGGCGAUUGUUUCAUCCUCGACGUCGACCACGACAUCCUGCUGUACGUCGGAGAGGCAGCCAAGAGCAUAGAGCGACUGAAGGCCAUCUCCGUUGCCAACCAGAUCCGAGACCAGGAUCAUAAUGGCAGAGGAAACAUUGAAAUCAUUGAUCCUUACUCCCACGAGGGUGACGUCAACAAAUUCUUCGAGGCUCUGGGAUCUGGAGACCAGGACUCCGUGCCUGAUGCGGAAGAGGGUGGCGAUGAUGAGGACUUCGAACGCGGCGUCUCCAAGGAAGUGUCCCUCAGCGAGAUAUCUGAUAGAACUGGCUCCAUUGAGAUCAAGAAGCUACCAUCACCGUUCACGCAGGAUUUACUGGAUACCAAGGAAUGCUAUAUCCUGGACACUGGUAGCAGCAUUUAUGUUUGGAUUGGAAAGCAAUCUACUAAAAAGGAGAAGGCAGAAGCUAUGAAGAAAGCAGAGCAUUAUUUGCAGGCAAACAACUAUCCAUCCUGGGUACACAUAUCCAAGGUGGUGGAAGAGGGAGAAUCGGCAGCUUUCAAGCAGCAUUUCCAAGACUGGAAUUAAUAUAACUAGAACACAGUAGUAAUACAAACAUACUGACAAAAUGUAUACCUAUUUGCGUAGAUUAAAUACAAUCAAGUGUCAUUUUGCAGAGAUUCAUUAUGUAUAAUUAAUAAUCAUUAAAAGGGAUUCGAAGAUUUAUGGUCAGAUACUAUUUUGAAAGACAAAAAUAAUAAUCUAUACUUAUAAUAAAUCUGUAGAGAGGUCAAUUCUGUACAUGAAAUAUAUUUCCAAAAUAACUAUCAGGGGGUGAUUAGUGAUCGAUACUGAUGCCAAAAAUGCAAUCAGUAAAAUUUUUUUCUGUCUGUAUGUUCGUUAUAGAAACAAAUUUUAACGAAACUUGGUACAAGGAGUAUACUGAAAAAUGCGAAAAUCUCAUUUUCUGACCUUUGACCUUGAAUAUUUUUUUUUCCUUACAGGGGAAAGAUGGGGAACUUUCAAUUUUAUUUUUAAUGAUAUUUUAAACAAUCUUACUGAUAUUCAGCUUGGUGGGAAUUUAGGUAACUUCGAAUGUUUAAAUUGACCGGACUAUAUAUUAUACAUCAUAAAAAAACAGAAUUCAAAAUUCAUUUAUUUCAAGUAGGCUCAGUUUACAAGCACUUUUGACACGUCAGUUGACUAUUUGUAAAGAUUCUACCACCGGUUCGGAAGGCAGGUUUUGCUGAGAAGAAAGAAAGUAACAGUAUAAAUAAUUUAGAAUUGAUGACAACAUUACAAUUUCUUAUAGUUUUACUUCCUGUGUGAAGGUGGAAGCUGAUCCGACGGCCUCCAAGCAUCUUUAUCAUUAAGGAACUCAUCAAUGGUGUAGUACCAUCGACUAAGCAAAUGUCACCAUCAUCAUUAUCAGCCGAUGGACGUCCACUGCUGGACAUAGAGCUCUUGUAUAGACUUCCUAACACAAAGGUCUAGAACCGCCAGCAUCCAGCGGCUCCCUGCAAACCGCUUGAUUAAAUAAUUAUUUUCAAGUGUUCCUAUAAUCCUAAACUUAUUUUAUAAGUUAAAAUUACGUUAACGUUAAGUAUUUGCAGUUAUUUUUAUUCUAUGUACUUACCUAUAAAGUACUUAUUUUUUUUUUUAUGUUUUAUGUAAUAAGCACAAAAUGUAACGCACAAAAUAAAUCGUUGUUUACAAAAAAAAA